CUCCUCACCAGCCCCUUCCUUUCCCACAGUCAACAGGAAGACUGAGCCAAGUCAGACCAGAGACCAGAGAGAGAGGAGCCAAACACUCAGGAGAAGGAGGACGUCUCAACAGCUGCAAAUCCAGCACAAAGAAAAGAGAAGUCUGACAAAAGGAAUGAACAUAAGGAGUAAGAAUCACAGAGAGGUGGAGAAACUCCAGUUAACGUCUCAACACAACGUUGAGGUGGAGAAAUCAGAUAAGAAAAGUUUUAAAUACAGGGAGGGGGAGCUUUCAGAGCAAACUACAAAGGAAAAGCAGAGGCCGUCUACUAUGGCUGGGCAAGUAUCCAAGAGCUCAGCACAGCGACUCAGCCGAGACCUGACCUGUUCUAUCUGCCUGGACCUCUUCAAGCAGCCUGUCUCCCUGCCCUGCGACCAUACCUUCUGCCAGGUAUGCAUCGCUGGCUACUGGGCGGGCCCCAGAGGCCAGGUCCAGGGGGGGUCUGGAUCCUGUCCCCAGUGCAGAAAGGUGUUCCCUGGCCAGAGCUACCGGCCCAACCGCAUCGUGGCCAACAUAGUGGAAAGCUACUGCCAGGGCCUGGAGGAGAGCGGGGGGCUGCUGGGGGACGUGGGGGUAACAGAGAGGACCCCUGCCCCUGCUCCUGCCCCACGCUGUGGGCGGCACCGAGAGGAGCUGAAGCUCUACUGUGAGGACGACCAGGAGCUGGUAUGUCUGGUGUGUGGACUCUCUCAGGAGCACAGGAACCACACCAUGGUGUGUGUCCAGGAGGCACAGCAGAGAUACAGGGCGUCUCUCAACAGCUCCAUGGACUCUCUGAAAGGGGAGUUGAACAUGGCCCUGCAGUGUGAGAGAGAGACUGAAGAAGAGGUCAACAAGCUCAAGGAGCACACGGCGGACCUGAAGCAACGCAUCGAGGCCCAGUUCAGUGACCUGCACCAGUUCCUUUACCAGGAGGAGAAGCUGCUGCAGGUGAAGCUGAAGACAGUGGAGCGCAGGGAGCUGAUCAGGCUGGACGAACACAAAGCCCUGCUCUGUGUGGAGGUCUGCCGUCUGCAGAGGGCCCUGAACGAGAUCGAGGACAAGCUGAAGGAGCAGGACCCCUUUACACUGCUGCGGAAUAUCAAGAUCCUGCUCCAGAGGCCGUCUCCGAAGUUUGAGAAGCCUACUCUCACGGCUCCCAGUCUGUGUGAGGGCCGGUUCGCAGGGCCCCUGCAGUACCGAGUGUGGAAAUCACUGAAAGGAAGCAUCUACCCAGUUCCGGCUGCCAUCACCUUAAACUCGAGCACGGCCAACCCCUGGCUCAGCCUGACCUCCUCCCUCACCUGUGUCCGCUACCAGACCUUCAACCACUCUGUCCAGGACAACCCCCACCGCUUCAACGCUGCCCUGUCCCUGCUGGGCAGUCAGGGCUUCACCCAUGGCCGCCACUACUGGGAGAUAGAGGUCUACAGCAGCACUGUGUGGACCGUGGGGGUAGCCAGAGAGUCUGUAUCCAGGAAGGGGGUCAUCAAAGCCCUGCCAGCCAAUGGCUUCUGGACCCUGUCCCUGUCCUAUGGAAUACAGUACAUGGCCUGUACAUCGCCCCCUACUGUGCUGUCACUUGAGGAGCCUCUGGCUAGGAUAGGGGUGUAUCUGGAUUAUAAGAGGGGUCUGGUGUCUUUCUACAAUGCAGAGAGCAUGACUCAUCUCUAUACCUUCCGUGAAACCUUCACAGAGACGUUGUACCCCUACUUCAAUCUGGGAUUCCUGGAUAAAGUGCAUGAGAAUGAGCCCCUCAAAGUUUUCCUUCCCAAAAUCUGACAACCGCAGCACGCAUCUACACAUCGCAAAGCCUGUGGCAAGCCUUAUACUGGUGCUAAACCUCCCUCAGAGUAUAACUGUCAGAUAAUAAGCGACAUAAAAAACGAGCACAAAAUGCUACCAUAUUGUUUUGAGAUGUUAAAUAGUAAGUAGGCCAACUGUUCAACUUCAGAAACAUCUCAAUAUCUUACUAAAGUCAUCUUGAUGGGGGUCAGUGAGCUUCACCAUCAAGGAUUGUUUAAUGUUUUUGUCAUCUUUAUUAUUAAUGCGCAAUAACCUUUUGCAAUAUUACAGCAUAAAUUGUACCCGCCUGGCGUUAACUGAAUGAUGAAUACAAAAUUGCCUUAUCGUCUACAAUGUACGGCAGUUCAGUAUUUUGAGACAAAGGUGCGCCAACUAUUUGGAUAAGUAAUUUUCAAUGCAUAAUUAUAAUUUUCAUACAAAUAUUGGAUAUCAUCAGUAUUUCAAAUGUAUACUGCAAGAUAUCGUUCUAAAUAAAUACACAUUUGUUUUGUG